AAAGUUCUCUUUGAAGAGUAAAAAAAACUUAGUUCAAACUCCAAUGAGCUCUCAAAUUUCAUCUUUACUUCUUCCUCAACAAAUGAGUGCAUCACCAUCCAUCAAUGGUGAUGCUAGAAGAUCAGCAAACUUUCCACCAAAUAUAUGGGGAGAUUAUUUUCUUUCCAACACUUUUCAAACCAUGGAGAUGGAAAAUGAAGUUGAAAAAAAAGUGGAGGAAAUGAAGGAGGAAGUAAGAAAAAUGUUGAUUACCUGUGUUGAGAAGCCUUUCGAACAACUAAUCUUGAUCGAUUCGAUCCAACAGUUGGGAUUAGCUUAUCAUUUUGAUAUCGAGAUUAAAGAAGCACUCGAUGAUGUUUAUAUGAAUUAUAACAACCUCAUUACUAGCGAAAGUAAUGAAGAUAUUCACAUUGUGUCUCUUAGGUUUCGUUUACUUAGACAGCAAAGAUACUCUAUCUCAUGUGAUAUAUUCAACAAAUUUACCGAUGAUGAAGGGAAUUUCAAGGAAACACUUACGAAAGACGUAAAAGGAAUGUUGAGCUUGUAUCAAGCAUCUCAUAUGCGAAUGCAUGGAGAAGAAAUACUCGAACGAGCAUUCGCUUUCACGACCACAAACUUAAGAGCAGCCAUUAAUAAUAGUAAUGGAAGCCAUGAAGAUCGAGAAAUAAGCUAUGCAUUGAAAUGGCCUUUCUUUAAAGCCAUGCCAAGGCUUGCAUCAAGGAAUUAUAUAUCUUCCUACGAGGAAGAUCCAUUGCAUAACCCUACUUUGCUUUGCUUUGCUAAGCUCGAUUAUAACUGCUUGCAAAAGCUUUACCAAAAAGAACUUCAUGAAAUCUCAAGGUGGUGGAAAGAGUUGAAGUUGAUGGAAAAGCUAAGCUUUGCAAGAGAUCGAUGUGUGGAAUGUUACAUUUGGGCAUUGGGAAUAUACUUUGAACCCGAAUACUCUCUUGGUCGAACAAUUGUAACCAAAGUCGUGGUCCUUACUUCUAUUAUGGAUGAUAUCUAUGAUCUACAUGCUACUUUUGAAGAACUCCAACUCCUCACCCAUGCAAUUGAAAGGUGGGAUGACACUUGCAUUAAGGGGCUUCCAGAAUACAUGAAAAUAUAUUAUGAAGCUUUAUUGGACACUUAUAAGGGAAUUGAACAAGAUAUUAGCAAAUAUGACAAUCCUUAUGCCAUCCAUUAUGCAAAAGAAGCUAUGAAAAGACAGGCUAGAUACUACUUCUUUGAAGCAAAAUGGUACAAAGAAGAGUAUACACCAACAAUAGAGGAGUACUUAAGAAUUGGAAGAGUUACUGCUUGCUACUCGUUGUUUUCUCCCAUUUCAUUUCUUGGUAUGGGAAAUGUUGCUUCAACUGAGGCCUUUGAAUGGAUAGAGAGUGACCCCAAAGCCCUUGUUGGGUCAGGAGUUAUUGGUAGGAUCAUGAAUGAUAUUGUUUCUCAUAAGUUUGAACAAGAAAGAGGUCAUGUUGCUUCUGCUGUAGAAUGUUACAUGAUACAAUAUAACGUACCAGAAAAAGAGGCGAGACAAGAAUUAGAAAAGCAAGUUACAAAUGCUUGGAAGGAUAUAAUUGAAGAUUACAUCAAAUCUACUGAGAACGAUGUUCCAAACACUAUUUUUAAGAGUGUUUUAAAUCUUGCUAGACUCUCAGAUACUUUCUAUAAAGAUGAAGAUGGAUAUACAUGUUCAGGUGGAGAAACCAAACGUAUGAUCAUAUCUUUAGUUCUGGAUCCUCUACCAAUUUAAAUGUAAUUUUCAACUAUAGAUUCUAUCUGUAUGAGUUUAUAUAUGUGAUAAAAUGUUUUUAUGUAUUGGAUGUGAUGUAUUGAAUUCUUAGGAACAAAAACUUUGUAAUAGUGCAUUUUGUUGGAAGACCUAA